AUGCAUAAACAGAUCAUUCCAGCCAAGCUCACAUCAAAACAAGCAUGGCAAUCAAACGCAAUAGACACGCUCUCAUCGCUUGACCCGCCAUCAACACGCGAUGACAUAAUCAACAUCGGGCACUCGAUCGAUGCAUCCCUGCGCAUUUACAGCAUGCGCAUCGACAACGUGGUGGACAUGACGAGCAAGCUGCUGGAACGGAUGGUGCAGGUAAGGAAGAGGAGGAAGAACACGGCCAAUACGCUUGCAGACAAAGAGAGCGUGAGGGUGGAGAAGCGGGUAGUGCUGUGGGACAAGGAAAUGAGAGAGGUGCGGCGAUGCAACGUGCGAAAUGACUGUUUGCUACGCACCGUGGGAAUGGACAGAACGGGAUGUAUGAUGGUGCUGGGGGAGGUGCCGGUUGAUGCCCAUAGGGUUAAUUACGGAGCAUUUCUCUGCAGCAGAGAGUUGCAGGGUCAUCUACAGCAGAUCCGCUUCGCAGAUCUUUUUGUUUGCCCCACGCUCAAAGGUGUGAAAGCAAGCGAAAAUGCAGAAGAAAUCGAAUUCGACAAUUUCUUGGACAUCGAUGAGCAUAUGCUUGAGAAUGAGGUACCGAUGAACGAGGGCAGUGUUGAUCACGAGGUUGUGAACGAUGCCAUGGACGAGGAUGUUGGUGUUGAUGCGCACGAGUGCAUAUUUACGGACAAGUUUGAUGCUACGCCCUUUUCAUACCACAAGGCGUGGGCAGGCCCACAAAAUUGGCGCAUACUUUCGCAAAGAAAGGCGUGCAGCGCAAGAAAAAGAACAAAGAAGGAUUUUCUUGAGCAGUUCGAUCGGAAGGCACUUGGUGACAGGCGCAGCUCCCUUCUAAGAGAAGAAGACGUGCUCAAACGACGGGCAGAUGACAAGUGCAUUGUAAAGGACUACGGCGUGGUAAAAGAGGAUUUGUACGCACUGAACAUGCUCAAGGAAUGGUUUAGGAUUGAAGGCCCGGCUUAUGCCACUGAUACGGUGCGUACCGAUCCUGUUUAUGCGCAUGAUACUACCAAUACAAGCAUCAGCCACGUCAAUGCACGUACCGCUGAGAACACGAGCAUGCAUCAUGCGCUCGAUAACAGCAUCAUCAAUUCGUUCAUUGAUCACUCUGCCAGGGAAAUAAACACGGAGCACGUGCCCAUUCCAAUUGAGGACGAACUGCAAAUGAACGGUCCGUUGAGCACAGCCAGCGUACAUCUGCUGAAGAAAUACGCGCGAAUGCCCAAAAGAGUGGACAUCAAAAGGCUAGAGCAGCACAUAAGCACUGUGGUGCGGAAGAGCAAGCAGUUGGGUAUCAGGGAGAUGUUUGAUGCGGUGAAGGAGUAUUAUGGUGAGAAGGAAAGGGCCGAUGUGUCGUGGCAGGUUAUGUUUGUGGGUGUGUUAGAGUUAGCCAAUUUUAAGGAAUUGAGGAUAAAAGGGGAGGGUGAACAGAUUGUUUUGGUACAUGGCGAGGGUUAAGUUGUGGUGAUGGGGUAAGUAUUGAGGGUAGGAUAUUGAGGGUAAGUACU